AUGCUCUAUGGAUCCGAAACUUGGACACUUAGAGUAGAAGAUGUAAAGCGCAUACACGCCUUUGAGAUGUGGGCCUACAGGCGGAUGUUGAGAAUUGCUUGGAUGGAAAGGAGGAUCAACUUCUCAAUUCAGGCCGUGCUAAAUGUGAAAACAAGACUGGCAGUAGUGUGUAAGCAGAGGAUCCUAAGGUUCUUUGGCCACGUCAUAAGAAGGGAUGGAUCGAGCCUGGAGAAACUGACGAUUGAAGGAAAAAUAGAAGGGAAAAGGAGCCGCGGGAGAACACCAAUGCGUUGGAUAGCCCAGAUCAAAACCAUCACUGGCUAUCCGCCGGAAGAGGCCAUUCGAUCGGCAGAAAACCGUGAGCUUCGGAAAGAGAUUGUUGCCGACGUCAAUUGA